GGGGGUGGGGGUGUGAGGGCAAGUUGUAUUUUGUGUGCAGCAGCCAAUACCAUUUCCUUGGGGCUAGGGGGGGAAGUGAGCUAACUUGUCUACACGGUUUGGGAUAGGUGAUUGCCACCAGAGAAAUCAACCCACUUUUUUUUUGGUUUAGUGUAUGUGUUUUGCUCGCCUGUCUGAUUAACUUGCCUGUGUGUGUGUGUGUGUGUGUGCGUGUGCGUGUGCGUGUCUGUCUGAGUGAGUGAGAGAGUGAGUCCUUGUUAAUUCUACAGAGCUGGGUGUGUGUGAUAGAGUGAGUGAGUAAGAGAAAGCGAGAGAGAAUCCUUGUUAAUUCUAGUGAGCUGUAUCUGUGUGUGUGCGAUAGAGUGAGUGAGUAAGAGACAGUGAGACCUUGUUCAUUCCAGUGAGCUGUGUGUGUGUGUGUGAUAGAGUGAGUGAGUAAGAGAAAGCGAGAGAGAAUCCUUGUUAAUUCUAGUGAGCUGUAUCUGUGUGUGUGUGUGUGUUAGAGUGAGUGAGUAAGAGAAAGAGAGAGAGAAAGAGAGAGAGAGAGAGAGAGCGACCUUGUGGAUUGCAGCUGGACAAGGAGCAAGAAGAACAUCCAAGGCACGACUUUGCAAGUCAAGCAAGGAAUCGACUGUAUCGAUUCAAUAUCGAUCGAUGGGUACCCUGAGCUCGGCGUCUGCGGGCAGCAGGGCUGUGGGGCUGGCCAGCCACUUGCUCUCCUCCACCAAACCCGUCUCCAUCCCUUCGUUAGCGGGCGCUCCUGCCCCCGGGCUGCGGCAGCUCAGCGCAGUGACUGCAUGGGGUCACCGCAAACUGUGGUCCAGCCCGAGCCCAGCCCCAGCUCCAGCCCCAGCCACAGCCCAGGAGGAUCUCUCAACCCCUCUGGUCAGCCACCACCGAGCCACUCGCUCCCUGGUCUACAGGGACGUCAAGAUGUUCCUCAACGAGAUGGGAGGGGACCCCAGGGAGGCCAGGUACUGGCUGACGCAGUUCCAAAAUGCCAGCAACAGCUGCAACAAGCUGUUCGCGGUGGUCGAGGUGGACGAAGAGAUAUUCGGCUCGAAGGAGAUGGUAUCCAGUCUGGCAUUCGGCCUGGCUUUCCUGCAGCGAAUGGAUAUGAAACCUGUGGUCGUCAUGGGGUUACAAUAUCACCAUCAAGAGGCAUCAGAUUGCUUCACAGAAACCAGAUCCUUAUUGCUCAAGCACUGCAAGACUUUGACAGAUGCACUGCACAGGAAUUCAGCUGUCACGAUGCCUUUCUUCAAUGGCGGGACCUUACUGCAAGCGGAGAAGCCUUCAACCCCCAACAGUUUUGGCAGCAUGGUUUCAGUGGAUGAAAAUCUAUUGACGUGGUGCCUGGAUUCCGGUCACAUCCCCAUCGUCUGUUCAGUGGGCGAGACCCCCGAUGGGCAGCUGGUAAUGCUGGACCCCUUGGUCGUCACCUCCUCCAUUGCCAAAGCCAUGCAACCUCUCAAAGUCAUGUUCCUCAACAAUUCCGGGGGGAUUCAGGACAACGAUAAGUUUCGUCCUUAUCAACCCGCUGCGUCAAGUGCCGAUGGGCGUUUUCAACAUCAGACCUCCAGCCUUGGUUCCUGCAAUGGAGGGAGCCCCGAGGUUCUUGGCCAAGUCAACCUCCCAGCUGAUCUGGACCUUCUAUCGAACGUGAACUGGGUCAGUCACAAAGAGGAACAGAAAGCGAGAGUGAUUACAGAUCUCCUGAACUACAUGCCAUCGGAAUCCUCAGCCGUCAUCACUUCCGCCAACACCAUACUCGCCGAACUCUUCAGCCAUCAAGGAGCAGGAACGCUGUUCAAAAGUGCCGAACCCAUUCGCAAAUACACAAGCCUCGUGGAUAUUGACACAGCCCGUCUGGUCUCACUAAUAAACAAGUCCUUUGAGAAGCAACUGCGCGAGGAUUACUUUAAAAGAAUGGAACCCAAGCUACAAGCUAUAUAUCUGUCCGAAGGGUACAGUGCUGCUGCAAUUAUCACCAUGGAAUCUGCCUUGAACGGGUUGCCCUACCUGGACAAAUUUGUCGUCAGUACAAGCAAGAGAGGGCAGGGAGCCAGUCAGAUGCUGUGGGAGUGCAUUCGGCAGGAUUACGACUUGCUCUUCUGGAGGUCGAGAGUUACAAACAGGAUCAAUCCUUGGUACUUCAAGCAGUGCGAUGGGAGCUUCGCAAACGGACGGUGGAUCGUGUUCUGGUACGGCCUGUCCGAUCUCAGGGACUCGUACAAGUUGGUGGACUACGCGGACAGCCUGCCCGAUUCUUUCAUCCCACCGAAAGAGCCCGUGAACCGGGAACUCACCGUUUCUCACCCCUAAGAUCUUGUCCCCCGACUCAAAUGUUUUUCUCGGGUUAGUUUUGUCCCUUUCCACGUCUCUCCGGUUUGAAAGGAGGCGCUUCAGUGUCAAAUCAAAAUGCUGUCUGAUAAAACGUCGGACAUUCCCAGGUUUGUUUCAGUAACCCGGUUUCCUUACUUCUCCCUUACCCGACGCCCAGUUCCAGAGUCCUGAAGGGAAUUAUUGGUGACGUCAAAUUCUUGCGGUUGCAGAAGAGGAAAGAAUCGAGCUGAAUUUCUGCAGCAAAUUGAAAGCAAAGGGAGCGAUGGCUCCCAAAGCAAUUGUAGUCGACGAGAUUGUGUGUGUUUCACAGGACACCAGUUAUUUUGAUCCGCUGAAGGGAAUGAGACCAAAGGGACGUGAUAUGACUAAGCUGACUAGUGAAAAGGAGGAGUGGAUUUAUAACUGAAAUAAAUAAUGACGAGGCGGCAAGGGGCUGUUGUGGUCUUGUAGAUUCCUGUGUUCUUGGCAUUACGAUGAGAACACAGUGACAUUUCUACCAAACUUCUGAAGAAUUCUCACUCAGCCGGAGGGAGGUAGCGGAGGACUCCACUUACCUCCAGUUUCUGUUCAUUCUGCAGAAGAUUGUACGCAUCCAAUCGACCAGGAAUAAAAUAUUCGUAAAGCCCUCUCGCAACUCUUCUUGCGAGUACCCUCAGGAGCUGACUGAUAUCCUGGGAAAGGGCUGGGAGCUCCAGAGGAGAUCUCAAAAGCCAUUGAGGUAGAAUUGUGAGAAUGAGGAAUGGGUUCUCAAAAUAUACCAAAUCACUUGAGGUGACGUAGAGGGAAAUAGAUCAGGAUUUGGGAAGUAACGGUAUUGAGGGAUUUGGAGAAAAGGCGGAGAGAUGAGAUGAGAACGAUAACAAAAUUUCCAUUUGCGAAAUGUUCCAAAGGAAUUGGUGCUGAAUGGAGUUGUAGGAAGUAACCUACGACAACAACUUGCAUUUAUAUAGCGCCCUUCAUGUGGGGUAGAGUCCUGGAGCGCUUCCCAGUGGCGGAGUCUGACAAGUAGCCAAUAACCACUUGGUCUUACUGUUUCUGGGCAUCUUUCAGGAAAUACAAUGGCAGGGAGAUACGAGAUUUUGGGAUUAACCUUAUCCAAAAUAGUUAGACCAAUAACUUGUCUUAAAUCUAAAUUGUAAAGUGAUUGAUAAGACUUUAGCUACUAGGUUAAGACCAUACGUGGAUAAUGCCUUUAUAGCUAAGGAAGCUGAGCCCAUCCACGACCAGAUUGAUAUGGGGUCGGACACCUGAGCAAUGAGGAGAAAGUUGAGAUGUUUACAAAGGCACUGUAUCCCAGAUCCCUGCAGAUCCAGAUAAGCUGCGCUUAAACAUGACAUCUCUCUUAUAAUGAAAAUGUCUGCGUUGCUAUUUGGAGUGUUGUUGGACUACUCACAAUGCUUUUCACUUCUCACCUUAACGCAACCUAUUAUCUAAAACAUUUGUGUGCUCUCUGCUGACUAGUGACCUUCAGUCCAGUCCCGCACAAGUUGUGAGAUCUACAGUUGUGAACUUUAGGCACAAGUUACGACUGAUCUGGGUCCAAAGCCGAUACAAAAAGGCACAGGUUACAAGCGACCUUGUGUUGUGUAUUUAAAAAAAAAGCAAACAUUCCUGGAAAUCAAGCACAGCUUAAUCUGAAUAUCGGUUUGGAUCGAGGUUCUGGAGUCAGACGUCGCCGAAAGAAAUGAGCCUUUGUUUGCCCGUUAUAACUAAGGUUACUAUUUUUUUUAAAAAAAGCAUUCGCAAUACAGUAAUGUAAACUGGAUUUAUUUAAUUAUUGAAAUAAUUUAAAGCCUUAUUCAAUUCUGAAAGUGCCUGACAAUUUGAAGCGAAUACCAGCUUUGUAUCAGCGCCUUGGGACGUCCUCCCGACGUGAAAGACGCUAUACAAAUGUAAUCUUGUUGUUGUUGUUGUGUUAAGAUGGCGAGAGUUCACAACUGGGCUUGGAUCAGUUUACUAAAAAAAAAGCCCCCGGGUCCAGUCUUGUACAUAAAUUUAAAUACGGUCAGUUUUAAGGACUGUGGUGAAGAGAAUCUGUGUCGUAAAGCUACAGUAAGAAUGAUUUUGGCGUGCAAAAAAAAACAAUCAAAUAAAGGAUUGCGUGGUUGCAUU